CUGUCAGGUUCUCUGAUGUUCCCUCAGGACAGCGCGACGCUUGGGGCUGAAUGAGACGUGCAUUAAGGGAAAUUCGACGCGAGUAUAUGGCUCUCUGAGCGUGCAUUGUCCAUCCGCGGUUUUUGUCCCCACCGUCCGUACUCCUUUCAAGACCCUUUGCGAGCUCAGAUUGUUGCCGGGUAGCCGUUCUCAAUCCUCAAUACCAACAUGGUCCGUCCCCCACAAGAAGCAGCAGUACGUUGCACUGUGCCCCAGCGGCGUCCUCAACAACGAGGAACGAAUGUAUUGAUGUCAUUGCCCUCCUUUCCGGUCCACAUCCAUAGAGACUCAAGCUCAUACCACCUACUUAGAUACCACUGGGGCUUGCUGAUCGGCCCCAAAAACGAGACCCCACAAGUCCCCGGCGUCCGCUACCACGUGAGGAACACUCCCUUCACAGGCUAAGCCUACGAAGAGGCCAUGCUCACCAACGUAAAGAGCACAAACAACCUGCUCUCGCGCAUCGCCAAGAUCGAGGAAGAGGCCCGUCUCGUCGCCAUUUUGCGCAGCACGCCCGUCGAGCAGAACGACCGCGAUCGGCACUGCCGCACGUUGCUGGCCGACGCCCUGCGGCGGAUCCAAGAAGACGGCAAGGUGGUGGGCAUCGCGCAGCUGGAUUAGGGCGUGAUCGAGCCACGUGCCCGCGAGUACGUGGCUAGCAAGAAGGACAGCGGACGGUACGAGAGCGGGGUGGAUAUGAGCCUGCCCAAGCCGACUUUGGGUAUGUUGGAGGACAGGGAGGCUGUCCCGUAGUUACCAGCAGACGUAGGUAUGGCAGUUCUAGGCCAGGUAUGCUCCUGGAUUUCCUCGUUUCAUUCGCUUCCCUUUCUUAUCUUUGAGCUGAGAGAAAACCGAUUCGCCA